CAAUCCUUCCGACCCCCACUCUCCGGCUGCUAAGGACUGCUGCUGCUGCUACUGUUGCUGCUGCUGCUGCGCUGCUUCGAUGCGCAACUUGUCAAACACCACCUUACCCAGCCCCUCGAUCUCCCCACCCUUCCCGACCGCAGCGUCAUGUCAUGGCUCUCCUGGACGUCGCUGGUGCCCACGUUUCUCAUUGUCUCGGCCAGUCUCGCCUGGUGGUUCACCGAGCCUAAGAACGCCCGCAUCAACCUGAUCGCUGCAGCCGGCGCCGCCCUGUUCUGCUGGGCCAUCGCUCCCGAGUUGUGCCGCGACCUUUCCUACUCGGCCUACGCCCUGACCCUCGAGGGCAUUGCCGCUCUGCAUCUCCAUAUCGUGAUUGCAAGGCAUGCGAACAUGUUGUUGACCGGCCUCGCUGUUGGAUGGCUAGUGCGAAGGGCAUGGCAGACGCUGUGGAAGCCGGUUCCCGAGCUCAUCAACAUCCUGGGCGUUGAUGUCCCGGAACCGCCGGACGUGUCCCUGGCCGAGAUCCGGGCCGAUGCCGCCACCGUGAACUGGACGCGCCCACCGGCGAACCGGUCUGUGCAGAAGUUCCUGAUCCAGGUCAACGGAGUCGACGUUGGGGAGGUUGCCGCCAACCAGGAACCCGCGAUCGUGGUCAGCGGCCUGAAGCCGAACCACUUUUACAACGUGCGCGUGAUCGCGGUCAACUCCAACAACUUCCAAGCCGGCAGUCGGGUCAUCCGGCUGAGGACGUUUGGUCGCGAUGGACGGCCGCAGCUUGGGAAUGCUCGGCUCCCCUCCAGUUUCGUGCCGGAGGAACCCCGAGGAUCCGCGCCAAGCGAGGUAGCUGAAGAGGGCGCAGUGUCCCGCAGUCCGUUUCCCGCUCUGGAGGUGCCAACCGUGGCCGAGGCGACUCCCUCGCCUGUUCGAGAGUUGGGCUCCGCGUCGGGGCCAGGGCCACGCAGGAAUACGGUCACGCGACGACAUUCGCCGUCCACCACGAGCCUCGAACAGCCGAUACGAGACGAGAUCGAUGCGGACAGCAAGCAGACGCUUCCAGAGCUUACCGAGAAGUUCGAGAGUAUCCGCAAGGAGACCGAGGAUGUGUUGGCACUUAUCGCCAAGGAGGAGGCUGAUAAUAGGCUGGCGCUGGAGGAGCUGGACGCGGAAAAGCGCGAGAAGAGGAAGGAACAGAAGAAGAAGGAAGAGCAGACGGAGAAGCUGAAGCGCGAUGUGAACUCGACGGACCGGACGAUGCGCAACGCCAUGCAGCGCAAGGCGCAGAAGGAGAAGCUUCUCAAGGAGAAGCAAGCCGAGCGGGCCAAGUUUCACGAGAAUAUCGCCAAGUGGGAAAAGGGCGUGGAAGAGAUGCGCAGGGAUCGGGAGAGCUUUGACCAGCAGAUGACGGAACUGGAGGGAGAAAAAGAGCGGAAAGUCGACCAAUUCCGCCGCGAGAACGGCGAGCUGCAGACCGAGUGCUCGCGGUUAGAGGCAGAGCUCAAGGAGAGGAGAGAGCAGGUGAAGGAGCUAGAAGAGGCCAGGAAGCUGCUCCCGGGUGGAGAGGAGGAGGGUGACUUGCGCGAGAAGCUUGCCGAGGAAAGACGAGACUGGUACCGGAGAGGCAGGGGGAGGGAGCUCGGGGAGGCUCAGGCCUUCGAGGCCAAGCGCGCGAGGGCCCUGGAUGAGCAGAUUCGCGUCCUCGGCAUGCAACUACAGCACAUUCCGCAAACGCCGUAUGGCCUGAACAGCCAGCCAACUGCGGCUGGCAUAGAGUUUGAUCACCCUGCCGUCAGCCACUUGAGCCGGCGGAGUCGUGCGGGCAAUUCGUUCUCCAGUGUAUCGGUCUCGACGCCCCUACCGCCGUACUCUCAGGUCGAUCCGGCCAUUUCUGUUCCGACUCCUUCCGGGUUCGCCAGUUCCCGAUCUGCGAACGCGCCGCCUGGCUUCGCCCCGGGUCCUUUCAUGGAUCUUUCGGCAGAGAUCCCCGGCCGGCCCGAGGAGGCGAGCUCAAGAGCUGCUCCUCUCAGCCCUUCGGCAACGGCUCUCCUACCGUCCAAUAUCCUGGCAGAUCUUGACGACGACGAGGAGCUCAGUCCGGUGUCCAGGUACGGGCCUGAUCCGUCCCUGCCCCAGCAACGGGCAUCUCCAGACAACGUCCCGCUGUCGCCGGCCUCUUCUGGAAAAUCUUUCAGCGUCUUCUCCAGUCCGCACGGCUCGACGAGCAACCUUCCCUUCCCUCCUUUCCAAAACGACGCGUCAGAUCGAUUGUCACUCAACGCCGCCGCUACGGUUCCGUCGCCUGUCGCAAGGGAAGCGCCGCAGAACAAGCUGAGCAGCUUCUUUUCCUUCCAGCGGUCCAGACCGACCAAAGCCAUGGAGAAGGAGGGCUUGCCCCUUGGCAGCCUCAAGCAGGGACAGAGCCAGUCCUUCCCCAAGCAAGCGGAUGACCCGGAUGGCCUAACGAGGCGGCGGAUCAGCCUAUCGGGAACCUGGAACGUCUUCAACCGGAACUCGGUGGGGCCUGAAAUCACCGAGGGGCACGCGACGCACUCGCGCAUGUUUUCGAGGAGCCUCAACCCCUUCUCCAGCUCGCAUCGGGCUGCUGGCGGCCUAUUUCCGGAGAGGGAUCCCAGCAGCCCGAGGCCGGCCAGCAUCGCGUCCUCCGAAUUUCCUCGGCCGUCAACCGAUUCGGGCUCGAUCUGGGGGUUCUCGGCCGGGGAUGCGGCUACGCUGGGGAAGCCCAGUCGGUUGUGGCCGCCUGACGCGGCACCUUGGUCUAGGAACCCGUCGCGGCGCCCCUCUCUUCACGGCUCGCCCUCUGCGCUGAAAACUACAUUGGCAUCCGCGGAUGAUGAGAUCUUGGGAGAGGAGAUGCUGCCCAACGCUCGCGAGGUCGGGGUUAUCGGAAGCCGGCCGCCGACGCAGUCCAAGUCGCUUGGCCGCUUGAACCCCAACGCACCAGCCUUCAUCGCGAUUUUCAAAUCCAAAGCCGACAAGGAAAAAGACAAGGACAAGGACAAGGAAAAGGAGAGCAAGGAGAAGAGCAAGGCCGAGAAGAAGGACAAGGCCAAAGCGAAGGACUCGAAGGAAAAAUCCAAGGCCAAGGAGGCCGUAUCCACGCCGGAGACGCCGCAGCCUCUUGUUGUCGAGACGGAAUCUCCGUCAGAUUCGCGCAAAUCGCGCGACGGGUUCUCGGUGCACACGCAGACGUCCGUUUCUGAGUCCCGGGAUUCCCUGUCGCUGGACCAGCCUUUCUCCAACACGCCAUCGGAGGGACUCUCGAGCAGUUUCAAAGACGACAACGUUGUCCGCAAGCUGUUCCGAAAAGGCAGCUCGAGCAAGUUUAGUCUCGCCGGGCGGCUCGGCGGGAAGGAGUCUGGGCUGUUCAAAAAGGCUCCGAGCAGCACGGCUAGCGGAGGGGCUUCUGACAAGGGCACAUCCCUGGAACGCUCGAGCAUGGGGGACUUUGAGGACAUUGGUGACGAGGCGCUGAAUGCGGCCCUCGUGGGCCGCAGCUUCGAGAGCAUCACCAGCAGUCCCAGUCUGGCGCCGGCCCUGAGCUCCACCAAGAACAAGGAGAGUAAGGCGCCAGCGCGGUGGUUGAGCAACUUUGGCAAGAAAGGGAAAAAGGAAAAGGAGAGCUUGGAUCUGGACAGAGCCCAGUUCUCGGAGCUCGACGGGCUCGCCGAGGAGGGCAGCAACAACAAGCAUUGAGACGUGUAGUUAGCACAUAUUUGCGGAUCCCUGAAGAGGUGGCCGUAUCGGAGCUUGCGUUGGCAUGCCUCUACAAGUACAUAGCAUCUGGGGCCAAAAGCGAGCAUACGAGAAUGGAUUGCUGCUCAAAGCAAAAGAUGUGGAUUUGGUCGUUGUGCACGCUCGCUAGGAGCAAGCUGUUGAAACCGCUGCGCCGGCUUGGGAAGAUGAAGCUAUCACGAUACAAGCAAUGCGUACAACUGGAAUCAAUCGUGGUAUUGAGGAUGUUGUAUUGUAGGAGAGUUCUCCUGAUCAGGAGCCUAAUCUUGGGUAGCAGUUGGGUAUCAAGCUGGUGGAUCCUAAUCUCGGUGGGCCG